AUGAACGAGGGCUCGUUCGCAAAGAUCCAAGAGAACGCCUACCUCGGAUCUGCUAGAAUCUGCCUCGACAAUCUCUAUUUUGCUCCUCAUGCUAGCAGAAUCGAUAACGAGAAAUGCGAAGCCCGUCUCCUGAACCUAUUCCGGGACUAUUCCUGUGACAGAGAUGCCUAUGAGAACCGUAUUCCUGUUGCAGUAAGCCAAGAGCUACUGCGGCAAGCUUUAGAGAAAGCGAAUAUGCCUAUCUCCUCUAUCCGUGAAGCUGUCCCUCCAUUUCUUCCCCUUCCAUCAACGAUAGAAUUAUUGGCCUUACGCGAUGGUGGACAGUUGUCUUCUUUGAUGCUAACGGUGCGCCUUGCCAAACUAGCACUGCCUCCCGAGUGCCUCGUCUUCAUUUCAGAAGCAGAUGAUAAUUCGUCGCCGUUCUUUGACGGAGAAAUUUAUUACAAAAUCCGAUCAAGUCAAUUGCAAAGUGACAAAACCCGUGCCCAAAAAUGGAUGAGCCGAAUGGGCUCCCAGUGGAAGCAAAUUGACUAUGCCAGGCUUCAUAAGUCAAAGGAUUUUGAACCAUUCUGUCAUGCACUUGAUUCUCUUCUAUCAUUUCCCGCUCUUUUGUUCUCGUUUCAAUUAGGAAAUAUUCGGCGGUUCUUUCGUAUGAAGUGUCCUGAAGAAUUGGCCGCAUAUGUGAAGCAUGUAUACACUGUAUGGACGAGGAUAAUGAACGGAUUUGAUGUCAAUGUACUUACAACAUCUGACAUUGAACACCUACAGGGGCGCUCACCACGCUGGUCUUCAGCUGACAAGGAUUUCAUUGAGGAUGCUUUUACCGCCGGCAGGCUUUUCACAAAUAUCCGUGAUGAAGGACAACGUGCUGUUCUGAAGAGCCGGGUAAUAACUACAGAUGGUAUAAUUCCAUCAAUGAGGACUUUCCUGGAAAAUACAAAAUUCCUGGAGCCAGCUGCGAUACUAUUGAGAGCUUUGCUUCCUGGGAGGUUCCGUGGGACUGUUCGGAGCGAACUGAAAAAAUGCUUCAGGGCCGGUCAAGAACAGACAGAAGAGCGAUUUCAGCUAUCGUAUCAGCACCUAUGGUUAACAGCCCUCCGCAUAUUUCCAUACAUUACCUCAUUCAAGCCACUGCAGGAUAGAAGGGGACAUGGAGUCGAAUUCAAUGGCAACUACUGGGGCUUUUUUGCAAGAUCGGCAGCCCGAUGUGGAUUCUCCUCGCGUCAAAUAGACAGUCUCAUACAGUUAUAUCCGCAUUAUGAUGAGCUUGUGGAAUCCAGUCAGUAUCCUCUUUUCUUGAUAAAUGGUGACAGAGAGUGGAAGCUGAAGAGCAGAUGCGGAAUGCCAACGGAGGCUGUGUUUCAAAGCAUAGCACCAUAUCUCACUCUGAAAAAUAUCCAUGGCCGUUCACAAUGCCCAGCUGGUGGCAGCGAUGUCACACAAUUUGCGGUGGCCAAGGACAUGUUUCUAUCCUUCUUUGGGGAUCAGAAAUUUGGUUCAAGUUUAUCAAGUCCUCAGCUUUCGGAGAGAGACCAGGGUGGGCACGACGUCGAAAUGUCCGCAGAGUCUGAAGCACCUGUGGCUUCCGAGACAAUACGACCACCAGAUCCGGGACCGUCACAUCCAUCCGAUGAUACGCAGGGCCUUGAUGUGAUAACAGUGUCUAUGGGUCAUGAUACAUUGCAACAACCAGAUCCUAGGCCACAGUCUGAUAGUGCACAGGACGUUGUUAUGAUAACAGAGCCUAUGGAUUUUGAUAGUGAUCCAGAGCUACCAUUGAACCAGGCUCAGGGUAUCGCUACGAUAACGGAGCCCAUGAAUUCUACGCCCCCGUUAACUUCGGAAGAGACAGAGACCAACGAAAGACAGCUGGCUGUCAUACCUCGCCAGUCAGUUUACAUAUCUGAUGAUCUCCCAACCACCCCCUUCCCGCCCACUGGCUCGAAUUUGAUGCAGCAUUCACUUGCCGUUACCGUGGAUCUGUCCAACGAGAUUGUUGGACACAAACCGGAUACUGAGCAUACAAAGUCCGAUGAUAGGCAACUGGCCUUGUCUUUGGAUCCUGGCCGGUUACUUUCAGUUCCGCCUGAUCAACCAACCCCUUUUCCCCCAGUGAUCGGAUCCCAAGCCAGUAGACAGCAAACAUUAUCAAUAACCCAAUCCCAGCCUGCAGAAGUUUCUCUAUGGGAUAAAAUCGUGCCUAAGGACGAGCAGAAAAAGACCGUUGAUGAGGUUGAACAAUACGUAACUAAUCAAGGAUAUAAGCAUACUCUUUAUGUCUACGGAACUUCACAGCUUUGGGUGCCGGCAUCUGACGAGAUCCCCCUCGUCCAGCACUUUAUUGAGAGUCAUGAAGGAUGGUGCUAUCUGGUUGUCCAUCACAAUGAUGCAUGCCAAAUUGGAUAUGAUCAAGUUCAGCAAGAGCUUUUGAAUGGACGUCUGAUCGUCUGCGUAGAACAAGAUCAGCUGUUCCAAGCUAAACUAGAUGUGGAAAAUGUGCAACUAUAA